AGGCACUCAGCUCCCAGCCCUCCACCUCACCAUGGCCGCAAAGGUAGACAGUAGCCCCAGGGGGGUCCCCAGCAGUGGCUCCAACCUGGGUGCCACCCGAGAGCACACGCAGGCGGUCACCCGAAACUACAUCACCCACCCCCGUGUCACCUACAGGACCGUGUGCAGCGUCAACGGGCCCCUGGUGGUGCUGGACCAGGUCAAGUUUGCCCAGUAUGCUGAGAUCGUCAACUUCACCCUCCCCAAUGGGACUCAGAGGAACGGGCAAGUGCUUGAGGUGGCUGGGACCAAGGCAAUUGUUCAGGUGUUUGAAGGGACCUCUGGGAUCGAUGCCCAGAAGACCACCUGCGAAUUCACAGGGGACAUCCUACGGACUCCAGUGUCGGAGGACAUGCUGGGUCGGGUUUUCAAUGGCUCUGGCAAACCCAUUGACAAGGGGCCAGUGGUCAUGGCAGAGGACUUCCUGGAUAUCAAUGGCCAGCCCAUCAACCCCCACAACCGCAUCUACCCGGAGGAGAUGAUUCAGACGGGCAUCUCGCCCAUUGACGUCAUGAACAGCAUUGCCCGUGGCCAGAAGAUCCCCAUCUUCUCAGCAGCUGGGCUCCCCCACAAUGAGAUCGCUGCCCAGAUCUGCCGCCAGGCUGGGCUGGUGAAGAAAUCCAAGGCCGUGCUGGACUACCAUGAUGACAACUUUGCCAUCGUCUUUGCAGCCAUGGGGGUGAACAUGGAGACAGCCAGGUUCUUCAAGUCCGACUUCGAGCAGAACGGUACCAUGGGCAAUGUCUGCCUCUUCCUGAACUUGGCCAACGACCCCACGAUCGAGCGGAUCAUCACCCCGCGCCUGGCACUGACCACGGCUGAAUUCCUUGCCUACCAGUGUGAGAAGCACGUGCUGGUCAUACUGACGGACAUGAGUUCCUACGCAGAGGCCUUGCGGGAGGUCUCAGCUGCCAGAGAGGAGGUGCCCGGGCGCCGAGGCUUCCCCGGGUACAUGUACACAGACCUGGCCACCAUCUAUGAGCGGGCAGGCCGUGUGGAGGGCCGGGGCGGGUCCAUCACUCAGGUCCCCAUCCUCACCAUGCCCAAUGACGACAUCACCCACCCGAUUCCAGACCUGACGGGCUUCAUCACAGAGGGACAGAUCUACGUGGACAGACAGCUUCAUAACAGACAGAUCUACCCCCCCAUCAACGUCCUCCCUUCCCUCUCGCGGCUGAUGAAGUCCGCCAUUGGGGAGGGCAUGACGAGAAAGGACCAUGGAGAUGUCUCCAACCAGCUGUAUGCCUGCUACGCCGUCGGGAAGGACGUGCAGGCCAUGAAGGCAGUGGUGGGGGAGGAGGCGCUCCUUUCCGAGGACCUGCUCUACCUGGAAUUCCUGCAGAAAUUUGAGAAGAACUUCAUCAACCAGGGUCCCUACGAGAAACGCUCGGUGUUCGAGUCUUUGGACCUGGGGUGGAAGCUGUUGCGCAUCUUCCCCAAGGAGAUGCUGAAGCGCAUCCCGCAGAACAUUAUUGAUGAAUUCUACUCCCGCGAGGGGGCGCCGCCGGACCCCGAGCCCGACACGGCGCUUUAG